AUGUCUCGUUCCACCCGUUCUUUAUCUUCUCUACGUUAUUGGCAAUGGCUUUUAAGUGCUGAACGAGCUCUUACCUCCAUCAUAUCGUAUCUUUUACCUCCUGAAGCUGUUUGUCUAUUGGUGUAUGCACUAGAGGCGGAAUAUGAGCCAUUGGUGCGUUUUUUAUACGCCCAUUCGCAUCUAUUGUCCUUUGGUGACGCUUCUCGACGGUUUACAAACAUUCUGCAUUGUGCAGCAGCCUACGGUCUGGCACAAGUGGUCCAGCGUUUUUUACGCUUGCAAUUAAACUAUCGGUUGUGUUUAAACGUUAAAACAACUGGCACAAACGACGUUUUAACAAUGAAACAUACUUUACUUAAUGGGAAAAUCUUUGCAUGGUGUUUACGUAAUAGUACGUAUACUUUUCCAGCGGAAGUCAUGUAUGAAGCAUCAAGACAAGGUAAUCAAGAGGUGAUCCAGUGGUUGGAUCACUGUUGUCAAUAUACGACGUACAAAGCCAUGGAAUAUGCCGCUUCCUCUGGGCACUUGGACAUUGUCAUGUGGUUUUAUGAAAAAACGUUAAAACAAAACACGGAACAGCUGGUAUAUAUGGUACAAUCAUUAGAAGACAAGUUACAGGUUUUAAAUUGGGUCACGGUGUUUCCGACUGAAAGAUAUUUUCGAGAAGGAUUCGCUUCACGAGAUGGUCUUUUAGCUGCAAUUUAUGAUCAACGAGAUCCUUUAUUAUCAUGGACAAAUGGAACAACAUUAGAUUUAUUAUUUACAAGAAAAAGGUAUCGAGCAUUGGAUACAGCAGCAGCCAAAGGGAAUUUUACAAUGGUUACGAAACUUCAUCAAGAUGGAAGAUGGCCAUGUACUAGUCUUGCGAUGGAUAUGGCUGCAGCUAAUGGACAUUUGGAAAUUGUCAAGUUUCUUCAUCAUAAUCGAAGAGAAGGAGGAACGGCAGUUGGAAUGUGUAGUGCAGCAGGUAAUGGACAUUUACAAGUUGUCCAGUGGCUUUAUCAAAAUCGAAGCAGUGACGGAUGUCGUCCAAUGGUGUUGGAUCUAGCAGCUACAAAUGGUCAUGUCGACGUGCUGCGCUGGUUGGCACCUCGGUUUACACAAUUUUCAUGCUCACCUGCAUUUUUACCUAGCGUUGCUGCUCAGGGCAAUAUCAAGACGUUGCAAUAUCUUCAUAAAGAGAUGAGAAUGCCAUUGGAUCAACGGACGCUUGAAGCUGCUAUUGGAUCAGGUCAUUUUGAGCUUGUGACUUAUAUUUUCGAUCGGGUUCCGACUGAAGUGAAGCAUACUUUGUCAAUAACUGCUGCUGAGAAAGCAGCUGCAAGUGGUAAUCUUGAACUGUUGGCGUUCGUGGUCGAACGGCUUGGUGUUUGGUCGCCACAAGUAUUGAUUGCUGCAGCUUUGACAGGAAAUGUUGAAAUGGCGAAAUGGAUCGUAAAACGAAUGGACAGUCCUUCUGCUGAGCCAGAGGAGGUUGUCUUGGUGCGGGAGCGACGAUAUCGUGCUGCUACAUCCAUUACCAUGGAUACCAUUGUAUUGGAUCCGUCUUCUGCUUUACUCAAACGGCGAGUGUCGUAUAAUAACAUCACAUCAGCUGAGUUUGUGCGGCCAUUGGAUAUUGUGGACGGCAGCACAUUGUAUCGCUGUGCAUCUCUCCGCCACUUUGAUAUGAUUGAGUGGAUACUGAGGCACAGGUUGUUUUCACCGAGCUUUUCACUUUCCAUGAAAGAAGGCGAAAUUGUUUUGCGUGCUGUAGUUGGGCGAGGCAUGACCGAUGAUGAUGCACUUGAUGCAGAUAAAGCUUGCAAUGGUGAUACGAACGCUGCUACGACGGAGUCAGCUACUGUAGCGGCAAUUGCAACGGUUAACCGCAACGAAAUGGGAGUGGGUGGAAAUGGUGGUGUUCACUGCAUUGCCAGUGCCGGAUCAACUAGCGAUGGCAAGCGGUCUCAAUUUGAGCCUUUUGCUUGGGCAUGUCCUGCUAAAACCAACUCAUACUGGCAAACUAAGUUCGUGCACCUCGUUAUACAGUAUUAUCCUGAAUCAUCGCUAGAGCUCGAGUGGAUGCCGCUAUGGGCGGCCCAGCGUGGGGACUUAUUUGUGCUGAAGCAGCUUCAUUCUGUAAAGCACCCGCAGCUUUUCACACAGCAGACGUUUGCUGCUAUCAUGCGCUACACCAAGGCUGGUGAUUCUCUCCAAUGGUUUCAAGCGCACAGCCCGACUCUCAUGGGCGAUUCAUCCAUCGUGGAAUGGGGCGUGAAGUAUCGUCAGUUUGCAUACCUCACGUACGUGUUUUUACAUUUGCAGCCCGUACGAAGUGACGAGUGGUUUCGUCAGCAUGGAGUCGAGUAUGCCCUUCAUGUGGCGUGUGCUAUGGGUCACCUUGACGUCGUGACAUGGAUUUGUGGAAACUGUGAGAUAUUCAUGAAAGUGCCAGCAGUGGAGCUUCAUGCAAAAAAAUUAGGAAGACUUACGAUUUGGAAGGAUGCAUUGCUUGCUGCUGCGCGUUGUGGGCAGACUGAUAAUCUAGCAUGGUUGCACGAGAAGUUUACGUUUUUCUGCAACGUACCUGAGAGUGCUCGCAAGAUGGCAGUGGUCAGAUCUAUGGCUGAUGCUGCUGCUGAAUACGGUCAAUUGCGUGUCCUGCGUUGGCUUCAAGCUACUGUUGCGCAUCAAAUGGUCGAGGAGUCUGCUACAGCUGACGAUUCACUAGCCACAGAUGUGGAAACAAGCUUCGUUUCGACCAGUGGACUACUUGAAGCUAUGGUAAACUGUCAUGUCGAUGUGGUACAAUGGGUUUGUGCCGUUGACGUUGCCUUAGUCAGUCAGCAGACUCCAGAACGACGCAGCGAGCUCGCAACGUUUCUUCGAGAAGAGACUGAUGGAUUCGUCCCAUCCAAGUUAGGAUUCGUCUUUCCACCACUAUGA